CAAACACGAACAGCCCACUACCCCACCUCCUGCCAUUGUCACCUCAACAUCGGUGUUCAAGUCCACAAGCUGCAUCGAACACAACACAACACGACACACACACACACACACACACGCAUGGAGAGACAAACACGAGCGGCGGCGUUGCUGCUGUUUGUGGUAGCAGCGCUGUCUGCUGACCGCGCGCAAAGCCAAAGUACGGAUGCGUGUACAGCCGGUGGGUUGAGUGCACGCUGCGCAUGCUAUGAAAGCUUGCCGGACCGCUUCGUGGACUGCACCAGCGCCGGCUUUGACGACAUUCCAACAAACAUUCCCGUCGAGACCACCGUCCUGGCCCUGGCACACAAUGACAUCACGAGGAUCCCUGGCCAAGUGUUCAACACACUCACGAACGUCCGCGUGCUGUACCUGGAUGGCAAUGGCCUGCAUACGCUGGAACCAGGCGCCUUCUCCGGCAUGGAGAGCCUCGAAACGCUAUCGUUGACCGAGAACAAGCUGCGCAACCUCACCUUCUUCACAAACAUUCCUGCACUUCGAACACUGCAUCUGGACAACAAUCUCAUGGAGGAGAUUGAAACAGAGAUGUUUGCCGGCGUCCCCACCUUGGAAGAAGUGACAUUGGCGGACAACAAGCUGACGCACCUUGCCGAUCGAGCUUUUGCACACGACAACCUCAAGACGCUGGAUUUGUCGGGCAACCGAUUCUCCUUCAUCUCUGGCCUUGCCUUUGCUGGUGCAAGCGCCCUCCGCACUCUGGACCUGACUGCCAACCGCUUCGCUGCACUGGCUGCCAGUGUCUUUGAGCCGUUGACGAACUUGACCACAUUGGUGCUCUCCGACAACGACCUUGAAUCGCUUCCUGCCACCAUAUUCUCGCGUCAGACCGUCCUUGCCACGCUGAAGCUCGACGGAAACAAGCUCACCACGUUUGACGUCGAUGUGAUUGGCUCCAACCCUCUGCGCAUCCUGCGCUUGGAUGCGAAUGAGCUGACGACACUGAGCUACAACAACGACGCUCGAUGGGACAACCUCCUCCAGCUGUACAUGCGUGACAACGCGUGGUACUGCUGCGGCAUGGAGUGGUUUCGUGACGCGGCCACGAUUGUGCAGGACUCGGCUGCAAUCACGUGUGCUGCUCCGCAACGCGUUGCCGGCACAAUGCUGCAGUCCACGUCAGGCACCAUCGCCGUCUGUGACAAACUUGUCCCGGACGCCCCUGCACCUGUGACUGCGACGUCGCCGACGUCCACGUCCCUCCUGGUGCAGUGGGACCGCCCACACGGCAACUACGAGCAGGUGGAGAGCUACACUGUCGAGUACCAGGCUGUUGGAGCUUCUCAGUGGACACAGGUCACGUGUACGGGUGGCAGCGUGCCCCAAGACCCACAGGUGCCCGCCACCCAACUGCCAUGCGCGUUCCUUGACCGCGACCCGGCGACGGAUACAGACAUCUCCCCGCUGCAGACCACCAUCACGGGCCUGCUCCCCUUCACUGCAUACGUUGUUCGCGUCAAGGCAACACACAGCAAAGGCGACGGUCCAUACGCGUCUUCCAACACGACCACGCAGGAGGACCUGCCGGCAAAGCCUGCAGCAGUGACUGUUGUUGAGCGGUACAGCCGUGGUCUUCUCGUGCACGUGACGACACCCGUGCCCGCCAACGGCGUCAUCACACACUACACGCUGCACAUUGAGACGACAGCCGCUGCCCCUGGAACAGUGCCGAUCGCUCGCAACGACACCAUCGCCGGCACCGCCACCUCCCACACGUUCCUUGGCCUGGAGCCAAACUCGCAGUACGCGGUGCGGGUGCGGGCAGCGACGAGUGUUGGGGCCGGUCCUUGGAGCGACACGACAGCGGCGGCGACGAGAGAGGACGCGCCAGAACGCGCACCGUCAGUCACCCGCAUUGCCGCCAACGAGACAGCAUGCACCUUUGAGUGGAGCGCACUGCAGCCCAAUGACACGUACGGGGCCGUUGCUGUGUACAACGUGUAUCAGGCCACGCCUGCCGGCAACGUGACAGCGCGCCUGGCGGUGACGACAAGCGAUGCGUUCACGUGGUGGCCGCUCGCUGCGGGAUCCCAGCACCACAUUGUGCUGUCGGCCAACACCACGGCCGGCGAGGGCCCGCGUACGCGCGUGUACGAGUGUGAGACAGCGCCGUUCCCGCCAACAAAGCCAGCCAACCCUACCGCUGUUUCCGUGUGCGCGCGGGAGGUGGAGGUGCGGUGGCAGCCACCAGCGCAGCCUAACGGUGUUGUGGCCCGCUAUGAGGUGUGGCAGCAAGGGCAGCAGGGCGCAGCCGCCGUGCGUGUGUAUUCAGGGUCAAACCUGUCCACCCGCGUCACUAACUUGGACCCAGACACCACGUACGCGUUUCGCGUAAUCGCGUUCACAACACUCCAGAGCGAACAGAGCGACGCAGCCGUCGUCACCACGCCAACAGGAGCUCCGCCAGCUGUUGCCCGGCCACGCCUCAUCCGCGCGGAUGCGAACAACAUGACGCUUGCCUGGGACGACGUUGUGCCGUGCGAGGGCGCUGUGCAGGCUUACCUCGUGUAUCAAGUCCUGCAGAUGCAGAACCUCAACUACUACCCAAUCUCAAAGGACAGCCACCCAAAGCUUGUUGGUGUCGCUGGUGGUAACGUCACUCGCAUGCUCAUCACCGACCUUGUGCCGGCAACCGCGUACACGUUUGUCGUCCGCGCUCGCAACAUGUACGGAGAAUCAAACGCUCUCCACGCAGCGACCUUUGUCACCAAAGACGCACCACCAUCACGGCCCGGCCAGCCCACCGUUGAGCGCAGCGCAGGUGUGCAGAUUGUGCGGUGGACGCGACCGGAGCAGCCAAACGGAAACGUGACGCGGUAUGUGCUGUGGCGCAUUGGCGACACCGCCCCGCUGUAUGACGGACACCCAGGUGCAACACUGCAGAUCACCGUGCAAUCAGACAAGCCCCUUAGCGAGUCGUUGUUUGUGAUUGCUUACAACUCUGCCGGCAGUACCCGGUCCUUCAUUGAGAUUGCACAGCCGUCAAGCACAGAUGAUCGCGCUGUGGUUGCCGGCGUCGUAACGGUGGCUGUGAUUCUCGUCCUCGCGCUGGCUGUGCUGCUCUACCUCAAGACCCGCAGCAAGAAGUUGGCGCGUGUGAGCGAGGGCAACAUGUCUGUCGGGUCUGUGCAGCCGCUGGUGAGCACCACCAAGACGCCGUCGUCCCUCAAGCGCGUGCCCAGCACACUCGCGCCGCCGCAGCAGUUCGCCCUCACCUCCAACAACGAUAGCGAUGAGAGCGAGGCGAGCAUUGGGGCGCGCAAGGUGCCCGGCGGUGUGCGGCAGACGAUGAUGACGUCGACACCACAGCACACAGCGGCAGUGAAGAUGGUGAAGGGCGGGGAUCUGGGCAACGCGGACGGCAACCAGGAGAGCGGAGUGGAGAACGAGGACUCGGGCGCAGACAACCACAGCAACAGCAGCAGAACACCGCAGCAGGCACCGCGGAAGCGAACGCUCCCCUCACCUCCGCCACCACUGAACAAGGAGGAGCUGCAAUGGACAUCAUCUGACGAGAGCGAGGAUGAGGAUGACAGCCACCAUAACCACCAUCACCAGCUCCCAGGGGCAAUGGCCAGUGACAGCAGCAGGGGCCCAGCACUGCCACGACGAACGCCGCAACCAACAGCAAACGAGGGGGUGGCGAACCCCUUUGCGCAACAGACGUCGCCACGUGAGGUUGUCAAUGUGCGGAAAGCGUCGGGUGGACAGCAGGCGCUGAAUCCCAUUCGUGGAUUUGUGCAGCGCCCGUUCGGUCUCCCGCCACUCUCGCACUCGAACGCAUGAGCGAGCUGUUGAUUGACAUAAGAUUUUGGCAAGCGAAGAUGGAUGGGGGGGGAUAUUUGUGCUGAGCAGUUGGCGGCGAGCUAUGUGGUGUGUGCUGUGUGUGGCUUGUAACUUCAGACCGACAGUGCUGUUUCUAAUUCUUGAGAUGAUUCUGAUUGUGGACGUGUGUGUUGGGGAGUGUGACUCAGAGAACGCAAAGUGUGUUUGAGGGGGUGUGUUGUGCCAUAAGAGUGGCUUUUCAG